UACAUCCCAGAGGAAUCCAAAGAUAAUAUCUCAGGUGAAGAUGCACUAGGAACAUUACUGAAGAUUUCUAAGGCUCUAUUUAAAAAAAAAAAAAAAAAAGACCGCAGUAAACAAUCAGAUCUCUUGACUUUGCCUCCAACCUUUUGAAUUAAAAUAUCAACAUCACUGGAAGUUGAGCACCAAAGGGUAAAACUGCUCCAAAAUAGACAUCAACAACAAAAUAUCUUUAAGCCAGAACACAUUUUUUUUUUAGACCUUGGUUUUCAAAGUUGUCUGAGCAACUCAUUGAUUUCUGCUGGAAGAGGUGUCUGUCUGGUCACUGAAGGAUUGCUACCAAAGGAGCAGUGGCGCCUGUGUCUCUUGGUAACAGCUCAGCACUGCCAACAUUUUCUUAUAUAUCCAUACAGUUCAACAAAAUGUCUAGCCCAGAGUAUAGUAUGUCAGAAGGAUGAGCCAAUCUUUUCCCAGUCCAUUGGAAAUUCAUUUAUUUUUAGAUGCUUGGAUGGGAUACUCAUUGAUGGAAAUAAAAGAAGGAAUAUAAAAAAUUGUAUUCAGGGAAUUAAUGUCCUUCUUCAAACCUAA